AUGGCAAAUAUUAAAGUCGAAGCUUCUGGUCUUAAAGACACUUUUACAUGUUCAACUUGCCGCAGAGAAUGCUGCAGUAAGAGAGCUCUCAGUCGACAUCGCCGAAGGCAGCACCGGAAUCGACAAACGGUUGCUCUGACUACACCGGGUGGUCCGCAGAUUACUCAAGCUGCCAGAGCUGAAUGGGCACUCGCACGUGCACAAGCACUCGCACUCGCGUCUCGAAUAGGUCCUCUCGGUGACAUGAAACAUAUUAUUCACAACGGCAUCUUUUACUUCCAAGCCAAAGUCAACCUCGAUCAGAAUGUUGCAGAUGCCAUCACCCAGGCAGAUGUAAAUGCACUAAACAACAUCCGAGAAAGCAACCAGAGCAACCAUUCGCACCACAUCAAAAAGGAAACCCAAUCUGAGGACCAAUGGGAACCAAUUUUUGCUUGUACUCUUUGUGACAGGACCUUCGACUCCCCACAAUCAUUCGACAAUCACAUGGCGAAGCACGAGGCAGUCAAGUGUCCCCAAUGCCAUAAGCCCUUCCGCUCCCCAAAGGCUCUUGACAAGCAUCAGAUACUUGAUCGCGUGCUCUGUUACGUUGAUUCUAUUCGAAAGAUCAAACAAGAACCUGGACUUCUUCAAGAGAUCAAGCGAGAACCUGAGGAGGAUAUCAAGCAGGAAUUUGAGUCUCCCCACUGGAUAAAGCAAGAACCCCAAGAGAUCAAGCAGGAAUUUGAACCUUCUCAAAGCAUCAAGCAAGAAUUCAAACCUUCCCAAAGCAUCAAACAAGAAUUCGAACGUCCGCCAGACAUCAAGCAAGAAUUUGAGCCUGAGAUCAAACAAGAACUUGAACAACCGGGUGGGCCCUUUGUGCCAACUAUCUCGAAUUCUCCCAAGUUUUCUACAAAGCAUUCGAAUCGCUUCAUCAUGUCGAAGUCUGCCACCAGACCGACUACCCAUGGAAUCCCCCAGACGAGGUCUUCAAAAGUUCCACGCACGGCAAAGACCUCCGCACGCUCUCGAAUCGCGAGACCAACCUCUAGCUGCCCAAGAUGUCUUGGCCCAAGGCAUAUUCAAGUCAAUACGUUUUCCUGA